AUGAAGGCCACUCUCUUUGUCUCUCUCCUUCUCUCCCUUGGAGUCUCAGCUACUCCAGCUGUCGACACUACCACCAUUGAAGACGGUGGCUACACCUACACUGGUAUCGACAAGCCCGUUGCAGCUGCUUCCCUUGCUACUCUCCUCAUGCAGACUGUGACCCAGGAAAGUGUCAGUGUGCAGGAGAUUACGGCUGCUGGUCUUGUGGCGGCGGGCGUAUGCAGUGCCAGCCUGGACCUGGCUCUGGACAGUGUUGGACCUAAGCGACUUCGGCUUUUGUCCAUGCCGUCAGUUGGACUUGAUUGGAAUCCCAAGUGCAUAUUCAACAUUUUGACAGGCAUGUGA